AUGGGUUCUAACAGAGAUUAUGCUAACGAAAUGCUGGACACAAUUGAUCCAAUAAAGACAUUAGCCAAUUCAAUUAUCGCUAUACUACUCGCAUUGACUACUGCUAUUUUAAUCGAUUUUGGAUGCUGUUGCUCAGGAAAGAAGAAGGACGAGGCAGAUACACCUGCACAAGACGGCUCUCCAGCAGGACCUGAAGCCAAAAAUCCCGUGAAUGCUCCGGGUGGCACUCCGGCUGCCGCUCCGGCUGCCGCAGACGCUAAUGCACCUAAGCCACCUACACAA